GGAUCAGUCGUCUGCAGAGGUGGGAGAGAGCAGAGCUGCACGGCCUGAGCCCCCCCCAGGAGGUCAGGGAGCUGCUGCUGAAAGCCCCCGCAGACUCCGAGUUCAGCCUGAGCCUCUGGAGCGAGUAUCCUCUGUGAGUCCAGAAGAGGAGGAGCCAAACCUGCAGCGCUCCACGUUUUUACGCCGUUCCCCAUCAUGAUUCUGCAUCAGUUUUUAUGAAACACGUCGUGUUUUUAUUAAACGUUCUGCUGAGUCUCUG